GGGGGUGGGAGCCCCCCGCCCGCAGAGCCGACCUCGGCCUUCGGGGAGAUGCUGGGGGGGCUGCGGCGCGCGGUGGGGUCCCCCCAGCUGUGGAGGAGGAGGAUCAGGAAGAUGAGGAAGAGGGGGGCAGGGAGCUGCUGUGGGACUUCGGGGCGGCCGUGUGGAGGGCGGUGGUCGGGGCUGAUGGGGGUCUACGGGGCGGUGAGGGCGGUGGGCUGCGUGCUGUGGGUGGUGCUUUUCGGGGGGGGGUUGGUGGAGGGGGCGCAGAAAUUGGGGUUGGCGGAGCUGCUGGGCAGCAUGCCGGACCCCACGCAGGAUGCGGUGGGGG